CCUCUGCAUCCUCCAAUGACUCACGCUCCCCCUCCCCCCUGUGUGUCAUAUGUUUUCACCCCUUCUCCUCCCACCUCUCCGUCCCUCUAUCUCUCCCUCUCAUUCGCCCACAACCGCUCACUUUCUCCACCAGGCUUCAAACACGCUGCAGCACAGAAAAUUGAACUGGCUGGUGGUCCGGAACAGGUUGACAGUAGAUUCAUAAAUAGGAUGUCCAUAGUGAAUAUUGUUGCCAGGGAGAUCCUGGACUCCAGGGGAAACCCAACUGUGGAAGUAGAUCUGCAUACUGGCAAAGGUCUGUUUAGGGCUGCUGUGCCCAGCGGUGCAUCCACCGGCAUUUACGAGGCCUUGGAGCUCCGGGAUGGAGACAAGACUCGCUACAAGGGCAAAGGUGUAACCAAAGCUGUUAGUCACAUUAAUGAGACCCUUGGACCCGCCCUCAUGCAGUCUGGAAUCAGUGUGUUGGAGCAGGAGAAACUGGACAACGUGAUGAUUGAAAUGGACGGCACUGACAACAAAUCUAAGUUUGGGGCCAAUUCUAUUCUUGGAGUAUCACUGGCCAUAUGCAAAGCUGGCGCAGCAGAGAAAGGUGUCCCUCUGUACCGUCACAUUGCUGAUCUGGCAGGAAACAGAGACUUGGUCCUCCCAGUUCCUGCUUUUAAUGUGAUCAACGGGGGCUCCCAUGCUGGUAACAGGCUGGCUAUGCAGGAGUUCAUGGUACUUCCUGUAGGAGCGGAGUCUUUCCGUGAUGCUCUGCGUGUGGGGGCGGAGCUCUACCAGACACUCAGAGGUGUCAUCAAGGAGAAAUAUGGUCAGGAUGCUACAAAUGUGGGAGAUGAGGGAGGGUUUGCUCCUAAUAUACAAGAGAACAGUGAAGCCCUGGAGCUGAUAAAGACGGCCAUAGAGAAGGCUGGCUUCACAGACAAAGUGGUGAUAGGGAUGGAUGUUGCUGCUUCAGAGUUUUUCAUCGAGGGCAAGUACGACCUGGACUUUAAGUCUGCGCCCAACGCUGCCCGCAACAUCAGUGCUGAUGAGCUGGCCAGUAUCUACCAGGGAUUUAUUAACAACUACCCAGUUGUGUCUAUUGAAGAUCCCUUUGACCAGGAUGACUGGCCUGCUUGGUCACAGUUCACAGCGUCAGUGGGCAUCCAGGUGGUUGGAGACGAUCUGACGGUCACCAACCCACGCAGGAUACAGCGAGCUGUGGAGGAUAAGGCCUGCAACUGUCUGCUGCUUAAAGUCAACCAGAUUGGCUCUGUCACAGAGGCCAUCAAGGCGUGUAAGCUGGCCCAGGAGAACGGCUGGGGUGUGAUGGUGAGCCACCGCUCAGGAGAAACAGAGGACACCUUUAUAGCUGACCUGGUGGUUGGUCUCUGCACUGGACAGAUCAAGACUGGAGCUCCCUGUCGAUCAGAACGUCUGGCCAAAUACAAUCAGCUCAUGAGGAUUGAGGAAGAGCUGGGUGAUCAGGCCCGCUUUGCUGGGCACAACUUUCGCAACCCCAGUGCACUUUAAGUGCUCGUGCCGUUUGCAGUGGCACACAAGAAAACGUAUAUACACACAGUCAUGUUAUAUCUCCCUCACACACGCACAUAAAUGAGAUAAUGACACCUGUUUCAGCAAAGCUCUAAAUACACUAAGACACACUUUAAAAGCAUUAAGACUAAUUUGUUUUCAAAUAACCAUAAUGCGCAGAUAAUGCACUGUAACUACAGUAUAUUGACCUGACGCUUCAGCAAGUGAUUGACUUAAUUGACUACAGCCGGUUGCAGCAAAUCCUGAACAAAGCCUGGAGGAAAACAUCAUCGUGUUUCACCUCUCAGCAGACGAGCACUUUCCCUGAUGCACUUGUUAGUUUCUUUCUCUUUCCAGACCCCUCUGACUGUCUCUCUCACUGCAGAACUGUUUUGUUCUCCUGUCCCUGUUGUUUCCUCUUCUCCUGUUCCUCAUGUCGUUUUUUGAUGUGAACACAAAUUGUGUCUGUUACUUUGUCUGUCUGAGGUUUAGCUUAAUAAAGAAAUGGAUACAUGUUAACUCAAA